UAUCGGCGAGCAGUACUACAAGGAUGCCAUCGAGCAGUGCCACAGCUACAACGCCAGGCUGUGCGCCGAGAGGAGCGUGCGCCUCCCCUUCCUCGACUCGCAGACCGGCGUUGCCCAGAGCAACUGCUACAUCUGGAUGGAGAAACGGCACCGGGGGCCGGGAAUGGCCCCCGGCCAGCUGUACACCUACCCUGCCCGCCGCUGGAGGAAGAAGAGGAGAGCCCACCCGCCAGAAGACCCCCACCUCAGCUUCGCCGCCCUCAAGCCAGAUCUGGAUCUCGGGGUGAAGAAGGACAGCCUGUUGCCCCCCGACAGCAGCAGCCUGGAGGCCCUGCUACGCGGCGAGGCCCUGGACAAACAGCGGGGGCUCUCCGACCACAGGGACGAUGACAGCCUGAACGACUACCCGGUGAACAACAGCAGGGCCCGCAAGAGAAUCCUCGAUCCCGAUGAUUUCCUGGAUGACCUGGACGACCAAGAUUACGAGGAGGACAUGCCGAAACGGCGCAGCAAAGGCCGGGCCAAGGGUAAAGGGGUCGGCAGGAGCGCCAGGAAGAAAGCCAUGGAUGCCGCGGCCAUCGAGGACCGAGAGAAGCCCUACGCCUGUGACAAUAGAUGCAAACAAAAGCAUAACUCCAAACCUUCUGAACGAGUCUGUGGCAAGCGUUACAAGAACCGGCCGGGCCUGAGCUACCACUACGCACAUUCCCACUUGGCCGACGAGGAAGGGGAUGACGACAAAGACCUGGACCCUCCCGUGCCCGUGUCGCAUCGGCGAGAGGAACUAGGUCGACCUCCGAGUGACUUUAGAAAAUUGAAAGCAGCCAAGAAGGGUCCGGACGGCCUGGCGCUGCCCAACAACUACUGCGACUUCUGCCUGGGAGACUCGCGGCUCAACAAGAAGACUGGCCAGUCAGAGGAGCUGGUCUCUUGCUCUGACUGUGGACGCUCAGGACACCCCUCUUGUCUCCAGUUCACGCCGGUGAUGAUGGCUGCGGUGAAGACAUACCGGUGGCAAUGCAUCGAGUGCAAGUGCUGCAACCUGUGCGGCACCUCGGAGAACGACGACCAGCUCCUGUUCUGCGAUGACUGUGACCGUGGCUACCACAUGUACUGCCUCACUCCACCCAUGUCAGAGCCCCCCGAAGGAAGCUGGAGCUGCCGUCUCUGUAUGGACACCCUGAAAGAAAAGGCAUCCAUUUACCAAAAUCCAAACCCUCCUCCCUCCUAACUCACCCGCCCGCGACGGGACUGGACUGGACGAGGAGGGGAGGGGGCGGGAAGGGGCGGGACUGGAGUGCGGAGCCCUCUUGAGAACUUUGUCUGCAGUUGCCUCACUUCCCACCCCCCUCCCCCCCGAGUAGGUCUUUGUGUGUGUGUGUGUGUGAACGUGCGCCAGUGUGCCUGCGUAUACAAUGUGCCCGUCUACUUGUGUGUGCAUGGAUGUGAGUGUGCGUGCGUGUCCACGUAUGUGCGGGUGUAAGUGUGCGUUUGUACAAGCGGGUGUGCAUGGAUGUAAGUGUGUGUGUGUGUGUGUCUCUGAGUGUGAGCGUGCACAAGUGUUUGCGUUUGUACAAGUGUCGUGCAUGUGCAUGCAUGAUGUAAGGGUGUGUGUAUGUGUCUCUACGAGUGUGUGUGCACAGUUGUAAGUGUGUGCGCAUUUGUACAAGUGUGCGUGUGCAAGGAUGUAAGUGUGUGUGUAUGUGCCUGUGUGUGAGUGUGUGUCCCGCUGUACAAAGAGUGAUGACCCUCAGUCACUACCAGGGCAGGCCAUAGAUUUCCAGCUCCUUCCUUCCUUCCCCUCAGCCACCAACGUGCCUCUACAAAUCACCCCUCCCCCCUCCCCCCUCACCCCUCCCCCCUCCCGCCUCCAGCUCCACAGACGUUCCCAGCGGCCGCAGGUCGGAACGUCCAACCUUCCCGAACUCCCGGCCACUCGCCAUCGGGGUGGGGGGGGGGAAGAUUUCUGCUCCAGUAUCAGCGGGUCAGUCGCCAGCGGCCCCCGUGGCCCACGUCUGUGACUCCCCCCCCCCCCCUCUCUGAGAGCGUCCCCCCCACCCCACCCACUCCCUUCCUCCAAUGCGUCCCGGACACAAAGUGCUUCCCUCACCCCAGCCCCCCCUCCCCGGCCAAACCCCGCAGAUCUGCCGCCAAGCUCUCAGCCAGCGCGCAACACACGUUUGCACAAAGACGAGUUCCGAAACGAGAUUCCCCCCCCGCUCUGUCCCCUGCGGUAGUGUGGUGUUGUGGGGGGGGGAUUGAAAUAUUUUUUUAACUAUAGAUAUAUACACCCACACUUUAGCUAGAGUAGUAGCCGACACUUAACGGGUCAGUCCUUCCGAAGAACGGUACUAAUUUUAAAAUUGAACCCCCCCCUCCCCCCCCCCCCCACACCCUUCAAAGAUUUUCGUUUAUCUCCCUCACGGUUUCUUGCGACAAAGUAUUUUUCCAAUGUCACGCGGCCUUUUUCCAGUCUAGUUUUUUU